AUGACAGAAGCAAAUAUACUUGUUGUCAAUCCUAAUAGUUCGAAAUCAAUGACGGCUUCCUUACAGGAAGCCAUCGAAAAGACAUUUCCAAGAAAAUCGUAUAAGGUCAGCUAUUUUACAGGGCCGGAUACUUCCCCAUCACAGAUUGACGGUUGGGAGACAAGCAUGCAGAGUAUGGAGGCCUGUCUUCCUCUCCUGGUUGGCGACAAAGGAUCAAAAUAUAACUAUCGGAAGUUUGAUGGGGUAUUAAUUGCCUGUUUCUCUGAUCAUCCUUUGGUAACCAAGAUAAAGGAUGCGGCGGCUGUAGAAAAAUCCGAUACUCCGAUUGUUGGUUUAUUAGAUAGCAGUAUCCAGUAUUGCAAUUUGAUCGGAAAGAAGUUUUCCAUCAUUACCUCAAAUAAAGAGUGGAUCCCCAUAUUGAAUGACUCUGUAGAAUCAAAAUUUUUGACUGGAAACACAAUCAAUCGAAAUCUGUGGAAGGGAACGGUGUCAACUGAUUUACAAGUGCUCGAUCUGCAUAGUCCGGAGAAUUUCCAGCAAAUUGCAGAUGUUAUAGGAAGGGAAAAUAUUGAAAAGCUUGGUUCCGAGAUUGUAAUAUUAGGUUGCGCAGGGUUUUCAGGAUUACAAAUUAAACUAGCAAAACGUUUUGAGAAGGACGGUAUAUUUUUCUUGGAUACCAUUGGAAUAGGCUUAGAAAUUUUGAUCACAAUGAUAAAGUUUAUCAACUCUCAAAAAUAA